AUGAAACGAGACCACCCAAAUCUUCGCCAAGAAAAUUUCCCUCGUGGAGUUGGCGCCACCAGCAGCUCCUCCGUAGGCGGUGGCUCUAGUGGUGGCGCUGGUAAUUUUCCGAUGAAUAUAACCCACGGAAAAUCAAAGAUGUGGGAUGAAACUGAGCAAGACGCUGGUGUUGAUGAACUCUUGGCGGUUUUGGGUUACAAAGUGAAGUCAUCAGACAUGGCUGAAGUUGCUCAGAAGCUUGAGCAGCUCGAAGAAGUGAUGGUUAGUGUUCAAGAAGAUGGACUAUCUCAUCUUGCUUCUGAUACUGUUCAUUACAACCCAUCAGAUCUCUCUUCUUGGCUUGAAUCGAUGAUUUCUGAGCUCAAUCCGCUUCCCAAUUUUGACUCAUCUUCGUUUAUGCAAGACUCUUUCGCCGAAUCGUCAACUAUCACCACGAUGGCAAACAAUCUACAAGAUCAAAAUCAAAGUAUUUACAAGCGACCGAGUCAGAACUCUGCUCGAAUCUACGAGGACUCGUCUUCAGAUUAUGAUCUAAAAGCUAUUCCUGGUAAGGCUAUUUACCCACAAAAUCAACAGCCCCCACCACCACAACCACCCCAACCACCACGGCCACAGUAUCAACCAACGAACAAAAAAUUGAAACCCUCUUCCGAAUCAUCCUCUUCAACCCCUGUUGGAGUUUGGGGGUGUCCAAACGAGUCCAGUUUUAGAUCAAUUGAACAAACUCGUCCAGUAGUCCUAGUUGACUCACAAGAAAACGCUGUCCAAGAAAACAACCUCAAAAUCGCCGAAGCCCUCGUCAAAUCCAUCGGUUUUUUAGCUGUUUCACAAGCUGGAGCUAUGCGAAAGGUAGCAACAUACUUUGCCGAGGCUUUGGCCCGCAAAAUUUAUGGUUUGUACCCACAAGAAUCAGCCUUCUCUGAUCUCCUUCAAAUGGACUUCUAUGAGACAUGUCCGUACCUCAAAUUUGCCCACUUCACUGCAAAUCAAGCAAUCUUAGAGGCCUUUGCUAACAAAAAACGAGUUCAUGUGAUUGAUUUCAGUAUGAAACAGGGUAUGCAAUGGCCAGCUUUGAUUCAAGCCUUGGCCUUAAGGCCUGGUGGUCCACCCAGUUUCCGAUUAACCGGAAUCGGACCGCCUUCGCACGAUAACACAGACCAUUUACAGGAAGUGGGUUGGAAAUUAGCUCAGUUGGCCGAGACAAUUCAUGUUGAGUUUGAAUAUAGAGGCUUUGUUGCUAACAGUUUAGCUGAUCUUGAAGCGUCCAUGUUUGAUAUUAGAGAAGGUGAGGUUGUUGCUGUGAAUUCUGUGUUUGACUUGCACCAGUUAUUAGCUAGGCCAGGGGCUAUUGAGAAAGUCUUAGGGGUGGUGAAGGAAUUGAAGCCUGUAAUUUUGACUCUGGUUGAGCAAGAAGCUAAUAACAAUGGAACUGUGUUUUUAGAACGAUUCACCGAGUCUUUGCACUAUUAUUCGAAUUUGUUUGAUUCAUUGGAGAGUGGAGGUGGCGGCGGGGGUGGUGGGUCGGUGUCGCCGGUGAGUAAUCAAGAUAAGGUGAUGUCUGAGGUGUACCUAGGGAGGCAGAUCUGCAAUGUGGUUGCUUGUGAGGGUGUUGACCGGGUUGAGAGGCAUGAGACUCUGGCUCAGUGGCGAACUCGGUUGGAGUCGGCCGGGUUUAAACCGGUUCAUUUGGGUUCUAAUGCGUUUAAACAGGCUAGUAUGUUGUUGGCUUUGUUUAACGGGGGUGAUGGGUAUAGGGUGGAAGAGAAUAAUGGGUGUUUGAUGUUGGGCUGGCAUACAAGGCCACUCAUUGCUACCUCGGCCUGGAAACUCACCUGA